CAUCGUCGGCUGCGUUAGUGGUUUGGCUCAAAAGGUGCUGCUUGCUGCUAUGUUUGUUGCCUUGAUACCCGCUUACAAACCGUUUGACGUAUGCAUAAACUGCGGUUUCGAAUAAUAGCGAUUUUACCGCCAAAUCUCACCCCUCUGUCCGAAACGCGAAAAAAUCGAAUCCGUGGAUCGUUCAGUGGCGGAAAUAAUUUUGACUGUUAGUGUGUGGGAGUUCGAUUGUUGCCCUAGUGGAUCAGAAAUCUCAAGAAGAACAACGCAAUGCAUGGUAUCCUGAGAGUAGCGUGGUUGUUCUCUUUUCUGCUGGCAGUCCACAGGGUUCGAAGUGAACCUCAAGUGUACAUUUUGGCGGAAAAUUUGGAACAGGUAGUCACAUCUUCCACGCUGCAAUGGGUCACUUUCAACAGCCAUAAAGAUGCUGCCCUGAAGAACGCAGUUAUCAGUGGUCACCAGAUAAGAGAAAGGGAAAAUGGCACCGAGGACAUGGAAGACCACCAUGAGGAAAUCCCAGUUUACGUAUGCCGAGCCAAAGUGGCAGCCAUAUGGGUACCCGGUCAAUACAGAAAGGAGAAGGACAAGCACGUCUGUAUAGUAUCGCUGUACAGGAAAGUCUCCGAAGAGAAAAACUUCGAAAUUCUCGUCAACAAAGAGAAACGAUCCAGGCUCAGCUGGUUCCAAAAGAGCAAGUACACAGUGAUACACCAAGGUAGCGUGCAAGGAAGCGACAGUCUCUACGUGGCCAGAAGACCUGUCCAGUACCAUCGCAAAGAUGGCGCACUCACGCACACCGCCGGUAAUUUCAACCCCAGCGAAAACCUUGGGGUGUUCUCCCUGGUGGACCAGAACAACAAAGAGUUGAAAUUCGAGGAUGGCGAAGUUCUCGUGGAGCAAGAACCGGUUAAGUACGAGUUCAAGCAUACAAAGUUCGAUAAGAUAAAGAGCAAACACAAGUAUCAUCCGAGGAUUCUCGGAAACACGGUUUUGAAGAACGAAGUAGAGGGUGUUCAACGAGUGGAUACUGUGCUGAGCUACAACUACACGCAUUUUAUGGACUGGGGAAAAGGUCAUGGUCUCCUAAUAGCCCUGCCAUUCACUGUCAAUAUGCCUAAUGGAACUGAAUAUUCUGGUAAGUGGGGAAUGCCCAAAUCCCUCAACAGAACUGAAGUGGUACCGAUUGAGAAAUAUCUAGAGGAAGGCACUGCAGUUAAUGUAACACUUAGAGGGAACUACACCGAGAGCGAUAUACCAUACGUAUCCACUGUAACAGCAUAUUAUAAGGAUAACGAAGUCUUGGAAAGCUUCCUGAGAGACAGCCUAUUAAUGAAGUACAUGACCGGCGUUAUUAUAGAAUUUGGACCUGUUUAUUUCUUGAGCAACAACACCCUGGUACCAACCACCACCACAACAGCUCGAACCACCUCAAUCACUACCCAAACCAGCCAAACUCAAACCAUUCCAGUUCCUAUGCCUAACACUGAAGACAUAUACAUGGUGGACGAAAAAACUAAAAAACCAAUGUCCAACGAAGUGGUGCCAAAUGACGCUGAAUCUGCCCCAGUUGGUAACACGGAUGACAACACUGUACAACAACUGACCAAGAAAGGCGAAAGCGAUGAUGGAAGCAGGAUUGCGAUAUGUCCGUUGGUUGUUAUUUUGAGUCUCAUCCUGAUUCAUAUUACAUGAAUCUUGCGAUUUUCGAUGUGAAUAAAUGAAAUAUUAUUGUGAUGUUAUUUGAUUCAAUUAUGCCGCUCCAGAAUCUGAUUUAGCAUAUAGUGAUUGUACAUAUGAGACCAGUGUUUGUGUUUGUAUAUAUGAUAUUUAGUCCUUUAUAUGUGAACAUUCCAGUGUAUAUUGUAGAUAGUGAUGGAGGUUGUAGAAACUUGAGUUUUGAUUUUUAAUUUCAGUUUAUGGUAUGAAAAAACGUGACACGUAGUUUGGCAAAUUACGCAAAGUAAUUGAUAUUUUUUCUCAUUUCAAAUUUUCAUGAGGAUCUUCAAGAUAAAUCUUUGGAAUGAUUACUGUCUCUACAAUCUCCGCUAAUAUAUUAUUUAUUAUACUUAGAUUUUAAACGUCAUUCCCAGCCAAUUGGUUCUUAUAACUAUCUAAAAAUAGUAUUCUUGGGAUGGUCAAUAAAUCCCAAUGCCCACUAUAUCCAUGUUGAUUCUCAAUGAGAUAUGAUUUAAUCGUGAUUAAGAAUAUUAAGAUGAGCAAGACACGUGGAGAGGCAAUAAAAUCUAGAUAAAAUAAUAGUUUUCUCAUCUCAUUGUUUGUAUUGAUGUGGAUAUUAUUAUUAAUUUUUGCGUUGAGCAGGUUGAAAAGUUGGGAUGGAUUGAAUCAUGGAGAAAUGGAAUAAGUACAAAAAAGGAGGGAUUUUCGGGAAACCCUACAUAACCCUUAAUUUUCAAUGAACCUGUCUCUGUGUUUGAUCAUUCUCAGAUCUGAAAGAUGUAAGAGUCAAUUUUUAACAUUAAGUGUAUAAUUUUCCUCGAUUAAAUUUCAUUUCAACUCGAAAUUAUUUAUAUUGUAAAUAUUUGGAAAUUUUAUGUUGUGAAAAAAAUCUUUCUCAUUAGGGUUCUUGUUUAAAGAAGUAUCUCUGAGUAGACAUCAUGAUUUAUCCAUAGGAUUUGAAGAGAGGUACUUUUUGAUUUCAUAUUUAUUAUUGUAAUAUGAGAAUUUUAGCACUAGCUUCUGCAUAUUAGUUAGUUUGUUCAGACGUAAAAAUUGUAGCUUAGACAAGAAAUAUUUUGGCUACAGAUUGUGAGAUAAUGUGACUGUAACAGAAUCGUGAUGUUUUUGCUGGAAAGCUUGAAGUUCAAGAUAUUUUUGAUAAACAUGAUAUUAAUCACUAUAAUCCUGUAGAAAUAUCAAUAUGAAUAAUUAGAAUAUUCAGUUUGUCCAGCUAUAUAAAAUGGAAGUUUGCAAAAUGUACCUACCUAUACUACCACAUAUUUAUAUUGAUUAAGUUAAUAUAUAUUCAUUUGUUUUGUUUAUAAUAUCAAACAGUAUUCAAAUGUAGUCCUUAAAAUAAGCAUAUCUCUUUAUUAUUGUUGUGAAUCCUUUCAUUCUGGAAUUUGUAGUUGAAAGUUACCAAUUUUUGGUGUCUUGUAUGAAGCAAUUCAUGAAUCUGUGAAAUAAACUUUACCCAGCUA